AUGCCUCCUUCUGCCAGUGCCCAGCGCUAUGCCAUCAACCAAGUAGUUGGAAUCACGGGGGUGACCGAUAUACAAGCAACCAAGGUAUACACGCGACCUGGCCUUGGCCCCGGCUUUCACGGCUGCAUUUUCGCCUGGGAGCAGAGAGCCAUCAAGAAAACAGCAACGCCGAGGGCAAAAGCGGGACGAAAAGCUCACUCAACGCCCUAUUUGAUAAGUAUCGCGGUGCGCCCUUCCUACGUCCAAGGAAACCGAGCCACAGAACUGACAGCCGCAGACCCCGCCAACGACGAAGAUGACAAGUUCGGCAUCGAGGGCUCAAUGGCCUACUUCGCCGACCUGGAAGUGAAAAUUGACGAGAUUACCUGUCUCGGCAUCGCCGAGAUCUGCAAGUGCCCAGCCAUGGGCGAGUUUACCCGCGAAGGAUUCGUGAAUGGCUGGAUGGAGCUCGAGUACGUGCAUCCCCGAGAGACCAGCUACAUCGCCAAGCAGAAAUCCGCAGCCAAGAGCCUCCGCAGGGCUAUUCCUACGGAACCGGACACUUUCCGCCGCGUGUACCGAUACUGCUUCCUCCUGUCACGGAUGCAAGGGCAGCGGAACGUGCUGUUUGAUAUCGCGGUCGAGCAGUGGCGCCUGUUCUUCUCUGCGCAGUCGGGCGGCAUUGAGGCGAACACGGCGACUACGCCUUGGCUGGACUGGUGGAUUGAAUUCCUGGAUGAGCGGGGAAGAAGCCGGUUAACAAGGAUCUGUGGGAGCAGUUCGAGGUGUUUCUGCGCAAGGCGCAUUCGGAUGAGACGUUCAGCUGGUAUGACUCGGAGGGCGCGUGGCCGGGGGUCAUUGACGAUUUUAUUGCUUGGGUGA